AUGGAGAUGAAAGCAAUCAAUUCUCAAUCGAGUGACUGGUCAGUAGAACAUACUGAUACUUCUCAAUAUCAGCAUUUACCUAGGACAAAUACCAGCAUGACCACAUCAUGUAUUCAUGAGAAUCAGAAUAAUUCAGAAAACUAUAAGCAACACAGAUUCACAUUAAACUAUAAAGCGUGUCAAUGUUGCUCUACGGUGUCACCAAUUAUUAAAGGUUUAGUUGUAGGUAUUUUGACAGGUGGAUUGGUGUUAGCCGUGAUCACUACAGUUUGGUUAACAUCAGUAAAGACAAGUAACAGUUCAGAAACAUUAUUUACUACGUCAACAACUGUCAAUACCACAAGCAGCAGUUUAAACACUGGCACUGGUCGAAAUACAAGCACCAACUCAAGUACUAGCAUCAGUUCAGGCGCAACUACUACCAUUCGUUCAGGUGUCUCUACUAGCAUCAGCUCAAGCACAAGUGCCACCGUCCGCGCCAGAUCAAGCGCAAGUACAAGUGCAUCAACUGCUAUCGCUUCAACUACUACAACUACGACGACACAAAAUCCAAUAAUAGCAUCUUUGAGUGGUACCAACUUGUCAUCUAAUACAUGGGCACCAUAUGCAUAUUCUUAUCUGGCGAGCACAUCAGCAAAUUUGACUAUCACCUGUACGUUUCAAGGAACUAAUAAAAACAACUGGUAUUUUGAUGAUGCAUCUGUGAAAGAUCCAACAUCGAUAGAAAUGUUGACAAAUGGUGAUUUUGAGACUAUGCCAUCACUUACUGGAUGGAGUAUAGGACCUAGUGGAACAUGCACAUCUGCUUCCGGUAUAACCACUUCUGUUGUUCAUUCAACAAGUCAAUCUUUUUUUGUCAAGUGUAGUAGUUCUAUAUGGAUAGCACAAUCGUUUGCUGCCAUCGGUGGUGAAACAUAUAAUAUUACUUUCUGGCUUUAUAUGGACCAUAGCAGUGGUAAUGGUGGUAGUCUUAAUCCUACUGUAGUUGUCACAAUGAACUGA